CAACUCUGAGAUGUUGGUCGAAGACUGGGUCGAUUCGUCUAUACGAGCGUUUUUCUGCGUGACUGGAAUCACAGGAAACUUCUGGCUGGGUUUGCGUUCUCUUCCCAAAUCCAAAUCCCAAAUGCGUCCCAAUGAUCUUCUCUUCAUUAACCUGGCCGUGUCCAAUCUCAUCACAAACUGCCUGGUGGAUCUGCCCGACACCUUGGCACAGUUUGUGAACAACUGGUUCAUGGGGAGAAACUACUGUGGCGUGCUUCAGUUCUCAUCCGAUCUCUCUGAGACCAGCAGCAUCUUCUCCACCAUGUUCAUUAGCAUGUACUGGCAUCAGAAACUAGUGGGAUCCGUCAGACGAGGAGGAGCUCCGGUUCAGAUGGACAAUCUCAGACUCGUCACCGUUUUCCUCGCUGGGAGCUGGAGCGUGGCGUUGAUGUUCAGCGUUCCCCACUUUUUUAUCGCAGAACAUAACGGGAAUGAGAGUUUAGAAGUUUGCGAGGAACGCUUCCCAACGCUCGCGGAUAAACGCACGUAUGACGCGCUGUAUCUUCUUCUGGCUAACGUCGCUCCUCUUGUUGGGAUCACGUACGCCAGUGUGCAGAUCGUCUUAGUGUUGAUGCAGAGCCAGAAACGAGUUAUGGAUCACUCAAAUCAUAACUCGGGAACACAAGCAACGGCCACUAAGUCUAAAGCGGUGAGUCACAGCCAGACGCGCGCGGCGAAGAGCGUGGUGGCGGUGGCGUCGAUCUUCAUCAUCUGCUGGUUCUCGCACCUCGUGCUUCGCAUCUACAGCAGCUUCAGAAACUCAAUCCUGGCGGUGAAGUUGACCAAUUUUAUAGGAGCAUCUUACACUUGUUUCGUGCCGUACGUGUAUCUGCACGGGGUGAAGAAACUCGACUGCUCCUGCUGCUGGUAA